UCAGCGCGCGCUCACACACACACACGCGCGCGCACGCGCGCACAAAAGCAACUCGUAGUCCUAGGUUAUUUGGAGUAACGGAGUGGCGCUGAUGUGUCUCUGAGCCGCGGUGUGCCCGGGUUUAAUCUCCUCCACACUGGAGCAGCGGCGGCUGUUUGCGCUCAUCACAUCACACCUCCUGUGUUUGAGAUUUCACCCCAACUCUCCAGGCUGAAUCUAAAGGAGCCGGAUCUCCACCGCACAUCUCCGAGCUCUGCUUGUCGGCCGAGCAGGUGAAGAGGAGUAGAGAGGAUGACUGAGUACAAGCUGGUGGUGGUGGGAGCUGGAGGCGUUGGCAAGAGUGCUCUUACCAUCCAACUCAUCCAGAACCACUUUGUGGAUGAAUAUGACCCUACCAUAGAGGACUCGUACAGGAAGCAGGUGGUGAUCGACGGUGAGACAUGCCUGUUGGACAUUCUGGAUACAGCAGGUCAAGAGGAGUACAGUGCCAUGAGGGACCAGUACAUGAGGACAGGAGAGGGCUUCCUCUGUGUCUUUGCCAUCAAUAACACCAAGUCGUUUGAGGACAUUCAUCAGUACAGGGAACAGAUCAAACGGGUAAAGGACUCGGAUGAUGUGCCAAUGGUGCUUGUGGGUAAUAAAUGUGACCUCCCAGCUCGCACAGUGGACACACGGCAAGCGCAUGAGCUUGCUCGAAGCUACGGCAUCCCCUACAUCGAGACCUCAGCCAAGACUAGACAAGGAGUGGAGGAUGCCUUCUACACACUAGUACGGGAGAUCCGACAGCACAAGUUGAGGAAGCUCAAUCCUCCAGAUGAAAGCGGACAGGACUGCAUGAGCUGUCGCUGCGUGGUGUCAUGAUUUAAGAUGACCUCUCCAAGUUCAUAAAUGGACCAAUGGCUCCAUGAGGCAGAGUGGACUACAGACUGUAAUUACAUGUGGAGAUCAAAGUAAAAGCAAAGUAAAUCACUGACUGCAAAAUGGACACUCGAGGAAAAACAUUGCCUUGCCGUGCCUGUGGUGACCCCGUCUGGCUGUCUACAUCUGCCUGAAACUCCCAACUAAUGACUUUUCCUAUUCAUUAACUUCCAAGUGCUAAUACUGGGCAGCUCCUUGGAUUUCAUCUAAUUUAUUAUACUCAUAAGUCUCAACACUGGCUUUUACUUGGAAGUCAGGCCUCUCGUGACUUAAGCACGAAAAAAGAAAAUGCUCUUCUCAUAUGGACUGGACACUAAUCACCUCAUCACAGACAUCAUGUUCUCCUCUAUUGCUGUCUGAGGGAAGCAUGCAAGUCUAUAAAUGAGGAAUCGGCCAACUUCAGAGAGAACGAUCUGACAUCACAUACAGGAUUUAUUCCUCUCUUGACAGUUAGCCGUAUUUGUUCUGCUUAACAUGCUGUUGUUUUAACAUGUAACUGUUGUGCAAAAGGGGUAUUUGUGGUGAUAACCAUGGGGACUAUAAUCUGCUGCAGCACUAGAUACUGUAUGUGUGAUGGUUUUUGUGGAUGUGUUUUAAAAGAUAAAACUGUUGAUGGAAAUGCUGAGCAGACUGACCAGUUACUGGAUUCCAAUAAAACAUUUCAAGGACCCCACAUGCUUGGUUAAAGAUCUCACAAAAUCUUGGAGUGUGAUCUCAUAAGAAUAGUCAGCUUUAAUUGCCUGAGACCUCAGUCAUACCAUAUAUAAUGGCUGUAAAUUUUCAUGUGGCUUCAAGCACCAUAUAAGGUGUCCGUGUAUGAGGAAAAGGAAAGCUUCAGUGCAUAGGAUUUUUUUAAUUAAAAAGGAAAAAAUGUGGUUAUUGAGUCAGUGGAGGGAGAAAAAAACGUAAUAUGAUAAUAAUACGAUGUUCCUGAGCACGUAUGUCAUACACAGCUCAGAUACAUCACAUCUUCAUGCACCAGUUGUAGGCAUGAAAGACAUCUGUGAAAAAUCUGAUGGCAUCCCAAACUGCAUACCAUUAUACCAAAUAGUUAAUCCACACACAAUUGGUAUCAUUCCUAUUUAGGCAUAUACUUAGUGCAUAUUAUGUUGUUUUGUAACACACCCCAUGUUGUGUUACACAAGUACUUUUUUGUACCAGAGAAGGUGAAAUUACACAAUCUUACAUGCUCUUGCUUUAAUACCGCUCCCGUUUUGUUUUGGUUUUUUUUAAUGGUGAAAUUAGUUCUGCUUUUUUUCUUAUUUUUUUUCUUUUUUUUGGGGGAGGGGGGGAAUAUAUUUGGACUCGGUGAAAACAGAAACACUGUAGUGAAUCCAUAGGUGUAUAUGACAAAAUGAACCAGUUUACUCUAAAUACCAAGCUGUAGGAGUUUCAGUGGUAUAUUAUAUGUGUAGCUUGGUCAAUAAAUGAGCGAUCAUUAUAUGCCCUUGAUGAAAACAGUGCUUUGUUAUGACUGCUUGCUGUCCUUGUCUUUAAAUUAAACAAUCAUGCUUAAUCUAAAAUGAUCACUGAUAUUUUAACUCAUUUUCAGACAAUCCAUUUACAUAAGCUGGCUCAAUUACUGAAAAUAUUCUUACUGAAAAUAUGAGUAAUGUAACAAAUUAAAUAAUACAGAGUUAUCGAGUUAAUGCUUCACUGCUUUUUGUAUGGUAAAAAAAAUGUCCAAUGUGUCUUAUAAUAGUGAUAUAGAUGGAAAAAGACACAAAAAGCUUUGCAGGCCCAAAGGAAAAACCUUCAUGUGGCAGUGUUUACCUGUGGGAGAUAUUUUGUGCCAAUAUUCAACUUAAAACAUGAAAAUUAAAUUGCAAAUUUUUGUUUGCAUUUUAAUAUGAUCUCUUUUCCCAUGUGUGCACAAAGAUAAUGCCAAAGUGAAAAUUAAACGAUAUGUCAUUUGCUUUUCAAUUUUCCGUGUAAGCAUGCAUCAAUAGUGUCA